ACCCCAUCAGCUGUUCAGAAGAUUAAGCAGCUUCUUAAAGAUAAGCCUGAGCAUGUAGGCGUGAAAGUAGGUGUUCGUACCAGAGGCUGCAAUGGACUUUCUUACACGUUAGAAUAUACAAAAUCAAAGGGAGACUCUGAUGAAGAAGUAGUUCAAGAUGGAGUUAGAGUGUUUAUUGAGAAGAAGGCACAGCUGACACUUCUAGGAACUGAAAUGGACUAUGUAGAAGACAAACUGUCCAGUGAAUUUGUGUUCAAUAACCCAAACAUCAAAGGAACAUGCGGCUGUGGAGAAAGCUUUAACAUCUGA